GACGCUGGCCGCCAUCUUUGUUGUUUAGGUUGUGUUUGUUUUUAGCGAGAUGGCGAUCAACCCGAGGAAGGACGGAGGCCCUAAUGUCAAAUAUUAUGAGUCUACUGAGACUGUCUCUCAAUUCGAGCACGUCAAGACAUGGCUAAUGAAAAAUGCGAAGAAGUAUGUGCAGGCAGAUCCUCCAAACAACAAAGGGCUGUCACAGCUGGUGGUGCAGCUGUUGCAGUUCAUGGAAGAUAAUUUUGGUCCAAAGGCCAGUAAGGCUCCUAUGACUAAAUUGCCGAUGAAAUACUUCCUGGACUUUAAAACUGGUGGUGGACUGUGUCACAUACUGAGUACAGUGUACAAAUUCAAGAGCGACCAGGGUUGGCGCAGGUUUGACUUCCAGUCUCCGUCCCGAAAAGAUGCCAAUGUUGAGCUCUUCCGUGAGAUUGAGAAGAGUUUGCUCUCUAAUAAGUGUUGGAGCAAACCAACUGUCUUCAUUCAUGGUGAAGUAGAUAAAGAACUGCGAAAUGAACUCAAAGAUAUUGUCAAGCGACAUGAUGGAAAGAUUGUUGAUGAGGAAGAAGAAGCAUCUCACGUUGUAUAUGAUGAGCAGGAUCCACUAGACGAUGAAUUUGCUAGGGCUGUGAUGCGUCGUGACCGACAGACACUGUUCCAUUUUUACUACAUGCCUGAUUCUUAUGACUCAUGGGCACCAGCUGUAGAAUUGGAUUAUGACACUCCUGAAUCGCCACAGUUUUAUGAUGGCCAGUGGAAGGUGUGUGCCAAUUGGCUGCAAGAUUUAGAAUCAUACAAUGAAUGGAUGAAUGAGGAAGAUUAUGAGGUUGAUGACAGUGGUACUAAGAAAAAACAUCGUGGUUGCCUGAGUGUUGAUGACACAAUGGGCCUCAGUGAUCCUGAUAAAAAGAAGAAAGCCAAGAAAAGACCACGAUCACCCCCAUCACCCCGUUCUAAGAGGAAAGGAUCACGCAACACGACGACACCAGGCAAACCCGUUAAAAAGACUAAAAUGGAAGAAGAAGAAGAAGAUCUAACUAGGGACAUGGAGGACCCAGCUCCUGAGCCAGCUGUCACAGAGGUCACAACCGGUUCCAAAAUACAGCCUAGUAAAGGAGGAAAUUACAUGGACCUUGAUGAGGAGGCUGCAGAGAAGACAGAAAAAACUGAAGGACCGCCCGUUCCUGAUAGUGAGGACACUGCAACUGACCAAACUCAUCACAUAAUUGUUCCAAGCUAUGCUGCCUGGUUUGACUACAAUGCCAUUCAUGCCAUUGAGAAAAGAGGCCUUCCUGAAUUUUUCAAUGGCAAAAAUAAAUCUAAGACACCUGAAAUAUAUUUGGCCUAUAGAAAUUUUAUGAUUGACACUUACAGAUUGAAUCCAACAGAAUACUUGACAUCUACUGCAUGCCGUCGCAACCUUGCUGGUGAUGUCUGCGCUGUGAUGCGAGUGCAUGCGUUCCUUGAACAAUGGGGACUGAUCAAUUAUCAGGUGGAUGCAGAUGCCAGACCAACUCCCAUGGGACCACCACCAACUUCCCAUUUCCACGUGCUAGCUGACACUCCAGCUGGACUUCAGUCUAUUAAUCCUCCAAAGGUUAAUCAGCCAUCUGCAGCAAAGCAUCUAAUGGAUUUUGACAAAAAGACUACUGAUAAAAAACCAGAUUUCAGUAUUGGUACAGACUUUGGAUUGAAGCUUGACCAGUAUUCUAAAAAAACUGGGGCUCUCAAAAAUAAAUCUGCCGCCAGUCAAGCCCGAGAAUGGACAGAGCAGGAAACCUUACUUUUGUUGGAGGCUCUUGAGAUGUACAAAGAUGAUUGGAACAAAGUAUGUGAGCAUGUAGGCACCAGAACACAGGAUGAGUGUAUCCUUCAAUUUCUUCGUCUCCCAAUUGAGGACCCAUAUUUAGAAGACUCUGAAGUAGGUUCUGGAGGAUCACCAAAUGCAUUAGGUCCUUUAGCCUACCAGCCUAUUCCCUUCAGUAAAUCUGGUAACCCAAUAAUGUCUACCGUUGCAUUUUUAGCGUCGGUAGUUGAUCCUCGAAUUGCAGCUUCUGCUGCUAAAGCUGCAAUGGAUGAAUUUUGCAGGAUCAAGGAUGAGGUACCUGCUGCCCUUCUUGACUCUCACAUCAAAAAUGUUGCUGACCAUGCAGCUUCUAAUGAGGGAAAGGUGGAUCCAAUUGCUGGCUUAGGUAAGUCAGGUAUUGCUGGAACUGAACCAGAAGGAGAAGAAAAGAAGGAAGGUGAAACAGAAUCUGAAAAGAAAGAUGAUGCAAAGAAGGACGGUGAGAAAAAAGAUGAAGAAAAGAAAGAUGAAGGUGAUAAAGAAAAGAAAGAUGAAGCUAUGGAGGUUGAUAAACCAGAUGAGAAAAAAACAGAGGAGAAAAAGGAGGGAGAAGAAGAGGAUAAAAAGGAAGACAAGGCAGAUACCAAAGAAGAAAAGAAAGAAGAGAUCAGUCCUGAAGAAAAGAAGCUUGAUGCAGAGCGAGAAAGGUUACGGAAAGAUGCCUCCGUCCAGCAAGCAGCCAGUGCUGCUCUAGGUUCAGCUGCUGUUAAAGCAAAACAUUUAGCCGCAGUUGAAGAGAGAAAAAUAAAGUCCUUGGUUGCAUUGCUGGUUGAAACACAAAUGAAGAAGCUAGAGAUCAAACUACGCCACUUUGAGGAGCUUGAAACCAUAAUGGAUAGGGAACGAGAAAGUUUGGAACUGCAACGCCAGCAGUUAUUGCAAGAGCGUCAGCAGUUUCAUCUGGAACAGUUAAAAGCUGCUGAGAUGCGAGCUCGUCAACAUGCCUUACAUCAGCUAACUCAAGGGGCUAGUCCUGCUCAUUCACCAGCUCCAUCCAUGACACAGGUCCAUCAGUAGUAUUUCUUUUCCAUAUUUAUAAAGAUGAGAUGCAUUUGGAAAGUAUUAACAUGAAUUUUUUCCAGCAGCUAUACUGCCACUGAUGACAUUGAAAAGGUAGGUUUUGGGUGUUUUACAUAGGAUAUCAUCACUGCACUUGAAUUUUAAUACCGAAUAGCAGUCUUAGUUAAAAAAAAAAAUUGGCAUUUGAGGAUGCAAUACAUGUAGCUGUGUGUUAAAUUAAUUUUCUAGGUUAUUUGAAUUGCCAACUACUACUUUGUCUUACGAAGGUAUCUUAGUAGUGGACACUUGCAAAUGAAUAAAAUGUGAAUGUAGCUCUAUUUUUAAUGCACAAGUUUCUGGAUGCAAGAUUGUUUUCCCUUUACAAAAUGUAGUGUUAGUACAGUAUUGUACAUUGAGAUUUACAUUCCCUCCUACCCAUGUAAAUUUUAGUUUUGAAUUAGAUUUAUGAUCCUAUGCCCCCCCCUCCCCCUUAUAUGUAUGUGUGUGUGUGUAGUACAAGAGAUACUUUAGGUGACUGCUGGCAUUGAUUUUCUAAGUUAGAUACUAAGAUAAUAUACAUUUGAUCUAUAUUAAUGUCGUCUGGAAAUCUCAGUUAAUGUAUCAUACAACAUUAUCAUCAUUUUAUCAUUAAAACUCAUUUUUA